AUGUCGGAUCAGACCAAGACUCUCUCCAAGCUGCUGGCGGACCACACCAAGCUCACAGAGCAAGAGGCGAAGACACGAGCGGCAAGAGUCCAAAUUUCAAAGGCCCAAUUCUUCGAAAUCGCUCAAUCCAAGACGAGAACGGAAGAGGCGGACAGACUCUUCAUGGAAAUCGAAGACAUCAAGAAGGACAUGUUGACUCACGACAAGUUCACCGACUCCCUCAUCGCGGAAAUCGCGGAACUAGAGGCCAACCGCGACAAGAGUCUUGCGAUCAAGGAAAACGAGCCAAACGCCAAAAAACGGUCAGAAGAAGAUAACAAAUUCUACGACCGUUGGAAUCCAGCGGAGUUGGAGUCGAAAAUCCGCCGGCUGAUUGCGGACAAGAUGGAGCGAUACAGCCUCAAGGGAUCCAUGUUCGCCCAGAUCAAGGCUCGAGAGUCAAAAAUCGCCGAACUAUCUUCAGGCGGCUCGGAAACUUCGGCGGUCUUCAAAGAAGUCGACCCGCUCACAGGAGAAGAGUCUUAUUUCAUGACUCAAAUAGGCACAAGCAACCUGCCUCAGGACGACGGCGACUCUCUUCGGGAAAUGGGCAAGGAAUUCCGAGCUUUCGUCUCAGACGCGAAAAACCAGCGCACCUUCAAAAAGGACAAGCUCAUGCGACUCCUGGGCAACUACAAAAGAGCCAUGUCCCCAGAAUACCCGGAGCGAGCAAUCAUCGAAAGCAUCUUGGACGAACUGAUCAGGAUGCCCGAUAUGACUCGAAAAGACGCGCUGCUCUCACUCACGCCGCUCAUGCGCCCGAACGUCCGACACAGCUUCGAUCGCGCACUCACGAUGAACACCAACCACCAUGUCUUCAAGAAAAUGAUCGGCAACCCCUGUGACGGCUCUGAAGACUGGCGGUCGGAAAAAGACUCGAAACCGGGUCGAGGACGCCGAGGUGGACACAAUAACGGCGGUCAAUCCAAAAAGCAAAAAACUGACCACCAAGGUGACGGCCAAAAGGCCAAGGACGGAGACAACGAGACUCAUUCCGGAGGCCGCGGACGAGGCCGAGGCCGAGGCCGAGGUCGCGGAAGAGGCCGAGGCCGAGGAGGAGGAAAUGCUGGUGGCGACACCAAGAAAUUCCAAGAUCAGGGUGGAGUCGAAUAA